AUGAUUCAUCCCGUCACCAACAGACCGGCAGACAAACGCAGUUUCAUCCCGUCUCUGAUAGAGAAGGAGAAGGUGUCUAAGCUGGUCCAUGCUAUAAAGAUGGGAUGGAUUAAACCUCGCAGGAAGCAGGAUGACAGUAAGGGGCGGUACUACGACCUGUGGGCCAAUGAGGACUCUUCAAUUCUGGCCAGACACAGGAUGCACCUGCCUGCUCCCAAAACCCCCCUACCUGGCCACCAGGAGUCCUACAACCCACCACCUGAGUACCUGUUCACCGACGAGGAGCGGGCUCUGUGGGAGCAGCAAGAUCCGAUAGACAGGAAGCUUCCGUUUGUUCCUCAGAGGUUCUCCAGCCUGCGUCAGGUUCCCGCGUUCCCUCGGUUCAUCCACGAGCGUUUCGAGCGCUGCCUCGACCUUUACCUGUGUCCCCGCCAGAGGAAGAUGAGGGUAAACGUGAAUCCAGAAGAUCUGAUUCCAAACCUCCCCAAACCCAAAGACCUGCAGCCGUUCCCCACCACACAGUCCCUGGUGUAUCGGGGUCACAGUGGUCUGGUUCGGUCCAUCAGUGUGUCCCCAUCAGGACAGUGGCUUGCAUCAGGCAGUGAUGACGGCUCCAUCAGGUUCUGGGAGGUUUGUUCGUCUCGCUGCAUGAAGACGGUCCAGGUGGGCGGAGCCGUGAAGAGUGUCACCUGGAACCCAAACCCGUCUGUCUGCCUGCUGGCUGUCGCCCUGGACUCGGUGGUGCUGAUCCUGUCUCCCUGUCUGGCAGACAGACUAGUGUCAGCAUCAGAGCGUCUCCUGAUUGGUCAGCAGGAGGCAGAUACCACAGAGGGGGCGGGGCCUGUUACCUGGAGCGAGACUGAAGGGGAGGAGCUUAACCAGGGGAUCCGCCUUAAAAUACAACAUCCCAAAGCCGUCCACCAGGUGCAGUGGCACGCUAAAGGAGACUACCUGGCGUCGGUGAUGCCGGAUCACUCCAGCCACCUGCAGGUGUUCAUCCACCAGAUGAGCAAGAGUGCGCAGCCAGAACCCCUCAGGAAGAACAAGGGCCUGGUCCAGUGCGUAUCCUUCCACCCCAUCCGGCCCUACUUCUUUGUGGCUACGCAGCGCUCGGUCACGGAUCUACAAUCUGUGAAGCAGGAAAUGACCAAGAAGCUGCAGGCCAACUCCAAGUGGAUCUCCAGCAUGGCCGUCCAUCCUGGAGGUGAUCAUGUGAUCUGUGGCAGUUAUGACUGCAGGCUCAGCUGGUUCGAUCUCGAUCUCUCAAAACCUUACAAGAUGUUACGGCACCAUAAGAAGGCAGUGAGAGCCGUAGCGUUCCACAGACUGUAUCCACUGUUCGCUUCAGCUUCUGAUGAUGGAUCUGUGAUCGUCUGUCACGGCACCGUCUACAAUGAUCUGCUGCAGAACCCUCUGAUAGUUCCUGUGAAGGUUCUGAAAGGUCAUGCGAUGACCCAUGACCUCGGCGUUCUGGACGUGACCUUUCACCCCACGCAGCCGUGGAUCUUCUCGUCGGGAUCGGACGCCACCAUCCGUCUCUUCACCUAGCAACCUGUUACCUAGCAACCUGUCAGUGAGCCGGUUUCUGGGAAACCAGCUGAUGUUUGUUUGUAUUUCUAUUAAAGUGUCAGCUGAUUUUAUUAAAACCUGUCUGUGUGGAAAAGUUUAAUAAAAUACCAGUUUAUUAAAAA